UUUGUUUAUCAAUCAAAUCAGCAGACUGGUACGAAAGGUCGCGGUUGUGUUCUGUUCUUGUGGAUACGCACUUGCUUCGUAAAUAACAGUGUUUUUAUUUACAAAAUUUUAAUUAUACAUAUCGUUUGAUUAAUUCUACGUGCUUAAUUAUAAAUAGAAGUGAUUUUUCAUUUCAUCUUAGACAAGGAAAAAGGCGGGAAUUUCUCCCAAAUUAGCAAGAGAGAGCGGCGCGUUGGGCCAUAUCGUCGUGGGUCCUGUGCCCACGGUAGACGAGUACGCAUUGUCCAGCGAGGUGGCGAUGGUGCAGGAGGGCGAGGGCGCGGGCGCGGGGCUAAUCGCGCCCCGCCGCCUGCCCAACCCCUGCCUCGAGAGUCCGCAGCGCAUGGACCUCCAUAGAGAGCUUCUCUUCAACCAGAGGAUAGGCAAAAACGUUCUUAAUCAAAAGAGCGAACUAGAAAAGGCGUUAUCAAAACACAAAGAGAAGCAGCUUAUGAAUCAAAUAAAGGAGCACAGAGAAACGCCAGAAUUAGAAAGAGCGAUAGCAGAACGUGCUCGUCGUUUAGAACAAGCAGAACAGAGUGCAGAAGAAAUCGACCCCGCGACCAACCCCACGCUGCAAGAGAUACGAGCGCGCCUGCGACACGCCGCGCCCUCGCCCGCCGCCUCCGCGCAUUAAAUACCUUAAUUAAUCAUUAUUUAAUUUACAUUGCGUAGCAACCCUAAACCAUUUAUAAUAACAUGUUAUAACUAAACAUCCUUUAUAGAAAUGUAGUGCGAAAAUAACUUUAUUAACUUUUUAAAAUAUUCGUCGUGUUUUCUCACUUAGUACGCCAUCUAUCGUGAGAUCUUACAAACAUUGUCUACUAGAUACUAUAAGCUCUUCAUAGAUGGCGAGUGUGUUAGGGAUGAUCGGUGAUGCGCAAAUAUCGAUAUCGCUUUUUUUUUUUUGUGAUCAGCGCAUUGUAAUCUUUUUCCAAACGUUUUCUUCAAGACGGUGUUAAUUUUUUCUAGUCACAUACCAGAUUUACUAGGAAAAAAUAAUCAGAAUUUGAUAGUUUUAAUUAAUUUUUUCUUUGCCACGUGGUUUUCUAAAGAUUUUGGGAUUUAAAUAUAAGUCCUUUAUUUUAAAAUAUUCAUACGAUAUUGAUAUAUGGUGUAUCCAAACUUUCAUAAUCACCAAUCAUCUCUAUUUACAUGUGGCGGCAGCAGAUUUCAAGAAAUGUAUUUAUAAGUUUUGUUAUUAAGAAACUACAGAACAGACAAAGAUGUAAGAAAAAUAUUGUUGGUUUAUUAUAAUCAAAUCGAAACAUCACAAUAUUUUAGAUUAUUUAAUAGCAAUGAUAGAAUUGCGUUUAUUUUAAAUACCAACGCUUUGUCAGCAAAGCUUUUAGGUAGGCGUCGAUUUUCUUUAAAUAAUUUGUAGGUUAGGAAAGUUGAUAUUGUUUAACGUAAUCAUCGAAACUAAGUCACUAAAAGUGUCACAAAAAUAUCAAAAAAACGAUUAAGCGUUUUAGUUAUUUUCGUGUGUAUCAUUAAUUUUGUUUAUUUUUAUUGUACCUUAUACAAAGAUUUAAAUUCAUAGACAGGACUUUGUACACUCUAUAGUAACCGUUUUAUUCAAUAAACCCAUAUUAUUCCAAGAUUAUAGAGUGAGAAACAUAAUUUUGAAUUGCUUAUUAGUGUUUAGGCUUCCAUAAAAAUCCUCGUCUAUGCAUUUAAGUUUUUGUUCACGUAGUUUUAAGAAUGGACACGGGAGGACGGCAAAGCUAUAGUUUGUUACCAUUUUACAUUUAAUCCCAAAUCUACGUAACUAAUCGAACAAUCAUUGACUGAGGAAUCGACUGCUUGAGCUGUAAUAAUGUUAAGGGUAAGUGUCGACUUCGCAUAAGAGAAAAUAUUUUUCUAAACUUUUUAACGUCUCUUACUUGACACUGGCGUAGUUCGUUUGUAUACCUUUACUAUCGUUGGUCUCCUUCAAUGUAGUACUAUAUUUCAAAUAGUUUAUUAACAGUUUUAAUGAUUCGUGUAGUUUGUAUUUUAUAACAGUAAAUUAUUUUAGAUCAGUGUUUUUCAACCUUAAUAACUUUGCUAUAGCAAAUUAUUUGGGACUAAUGACGUAAAAAGUCUCCCAUUUAAUUAGUAACUCGCUAUUGGUAAAUAUUGAAAAUUGUCGUGGUUUCUUGAACCCCUUACAUAGGUUUGUGAAUCGCCAGGGGUUUUCAACCCAUAUUUUGAAAAACACUGCUUUAGAUGGUAGUCACAUGUUGGACUUUCAAGUUACAGUUUAGAUAUUUACUAAUAAGGACUUUCAUAUUCUAUUAACAGAGUAGAGAUCUUAUGACAUUACAUUGAAAAAUAUAAUUAUGAUAUUUAGGAAAAUAUUUGAAACCCAUAAUUUAUUUACUCACAGAUUUUUGAAUAUUUAAAUAUCCAACUUACAAUUCUUCAUAUUUACCAAAUAAAUUUAUAGUCGACCAGUAGCUACUUGAUAUUAAAGUGUUCAUGAUAAUAGAUGAAAAUAUUUUUAUAUAUUUAUGUAACGUCUAUAGAUUCCCUAUUGUCUAAAACGUAAUAAAUAUUCUAUAGAAUUUUUUAAAUAUAUCUCUUAUAUUUUUUCUCCAUAUUGAACAAGGACCAUAUACAAAUUUUCAACUUAAUCUAUACUUGACUUAAUUUUAUCGAUACUUUGGGCAAAAAAGUAUAUCACUAUAACAAACUGACUAUAUUAUUUGUCCACAAGAUUGUCAUGAUUAAACAAGUAUAGUUAUUUAAAUUGAUUUUUUCCCAGUAUUUGUCUCUUGUUCAAUAUGGAAACUUCUCUGUUCACUAAAUACACCGUAGAACCGUUUGUCACCUACACAAAGAAUCUCUUAAAAAUAUUCGUUUUCCUAAAGAAAUAGAUAUAGAGUACUCAUAAGCGACCUUAAAUAUUAUAAUCUUCCUUUCUGUCUUCGUAUAAAGCUUUAAAGGUUUUGUGUUACAAAUAAUUUUGGAUAUUAUCUAGAUUUAGAAAUUAAUUCUGUUCUUUCCGUCGUGCCUAUUUAUAUCAUGUUGUUGAUUUUCAGAGUAUUAUUUGAUAUGAAUAUAAAAUAAGAAUAUAUGUAUAAGCAAGGUCAGAUUAAUCCAAAUUAUUUAGAAAAACUGCACCACUUUCAAUUUACGGAAACAAACUUUUAUAUCCCGAGUUAAUAAAUUUAAAAUAUUUAUUUAUCAAAGAAUUCUAGAUCCAAAGUUAUUUA